CGCAUCGUGUCUUUGCUUCAAUUCUUUCACCUUCACCACUCCUCCUCUCCAUCUCGGUUUCCAUUCAAGAUGGCAACCGCUUCAGCUUUCUCUUAUGCGCAGGCCGCCAAGGGUCAGGGCACUGCCCCGUCAAAUGCUCCCCCUGGACAGCCCGCCCAGGAAGCCCAGCCAUCAGCAGCCGCGCCCAAGGCUGCCACAGACGUCGAGAGCGCCGCCGAGCCCACCGAGGCAGUCCGAAGCGCCGAUUCUCCUGCCACCACGGAGAAGCAGGAAGUUGCCAGCGCCACUGCUCCCGAGGCCGAGCCCCGAUCAGAGGAUGCCCAGGAGCAGCGCCGCGAGCCCGCACGGGACGACGAGUCCGGUCGGCUAGAUCGCCCCUGGCGACGAAACGACAAAGGCACGAGGUCCUCGAGCACCACCACGCGAUCGGUCGACGAACAAGAUGCCAGGCGGCCGCGGAAGUCUAAGAAGUCCAAGGCUGCCGAGAAGCAAGCCAACGACCAGUCAGCGGCAGACAAGGAGCAGGAGCCUGAGAAGGAGGCCCCCAAGGUCGAACUGUUUGAGGCGCCCAUUCCUUCCGUCAACAUCUGGCGGCAGCGCGCCGAAGCCCAUUUGGCAAAGGCCAAGCCGUCCCCAGCCCCCUCUGCAGAGCAGACCACCAAUGGCUCCCCCAAGCCCGAAGCGUCCCCUAAAGUGGCCGAGAAUGGCACGCCAGCGCCUGCUGCCCAGCGGGAAAGCAUACCGAAUGGCGUCAAGCCUCCUCGGAAAUCGGUCGAGGCCCCUCGGUCCGAGCGAAACGCCAGCCGUAGCUCAAGGGUAGCGGAUAAAGAUGCCAGCCGGGGCGAUGUGCCCCCUUCAGUCGCCGACACCACGGCCUGGCCCACUCCCGAGACGGCCAUCCAAGAAGACAAGAAGAAGCCCGCCGAGAAGUCUGAUCGUCCCGAGAAGGAGGCCUCAGAGGACGGGUCCUCGUCCAAGCCGAGACAGAAGGGAAAGUGGGUAACCAUGGACUACGUGCCGAGCGUCAACUUUGAGACCCAGCUCCCCCAGAUGCGCAACUCCAAGCCUCGUGGUGGAGCCAGGAACGCCAACGGCUCCAGGGCCACGGGAGCGUCCAAUGCCGGUGAUAAGGCCGCCGCCCCCGUUGCCAGCCAAGGCAAGCCAAGCGAGACCAGCAGCAGCAGCAGUACCAGCGGCAAGGAUCGUCCUCGUGACGGCGCCAACGGCCCGAACCGAAAUGCGCAGGCCCCUCAAGCCACGAGCAAGCGUUCUUCGACAGACAUGUCUGGCGCACGUGAACAGAGGAAGCCUCAGAGCCACACCGGCUCCGAGAAGAACAAGGACGCCACCACAAACUCCAACGGCCAUGCCACUCGUGAGCGAACAGAGAGCCGCGGCGAUAGGCCGCGCGGAGGAUACCGCGGACGUGGCGGCCACCAUCCCGUCAACGCUCAGCACCAGCACCAGCACACCGCAUCCAGUUUCUCUGCUUCGGGUGCUAUGGGCGGACGCGCCCAGGGCCCCUACAGCCCACCUCCCAGGCAAGGCGCCCAUGGCCAGAUGUACAUGCCCUCCCAAGGCCGCGGCAGAGGCGGUCGAAACAAUGCCGGCAACUACCAUCGGAUGUCGCUCCCCAACGGAUCGGCACGCAUUCCCCAGGUUCAGACUCAGUUUGCCCCGUUCGAGUACCCGAUGACGCCGAUGACGGCGAUGCCCUUCCAGCCUCAGCCCUACUGGGACAACAUGCUGGUGCCGGUUCUCAAGAGCCAGGUCGAGUACUACUUCUCCAUCGAGAACCUCUGCAAGGACGUGUACCUCCGCGCGCGGAUGGACUCGCAAGGCUUCGUGCCCCUGC